AUGGCGACAACCAUAAUGACGAUAACGCCUCCGAAUGUGUCCUAUAUUCAGAUGGAUUCACUUGUUAUUAUGAAAAUCGUCAAGCAUGUCGACAGCGAGCUUUACGCUGGAAUGAGCGAGGUAGCUGGUGAAGCUUGUCAGGGCCUCUUGACAGGGCUUGUGUCCGUAGAAAAAGAUGAUAGCCGUUUGGAAAUCACUAACUGCUUUCCGACUGCUCGUGCUGAGCCUGUUCUGGAAAGCGAUGAAAAUGCCGCUCAGGCUAAUCAGUUGUACGAGGAACUCAAACAGCAGGAAAUGCUGGAUAUGCUAAGGAAAUUCAGAAAUAUGAAUAUUGAUUAUGAGUUGGUAGGAUUCUAUCAAGCGCAUCCAUUUGGUGCAUGUUUCUCGCAGGACCUUGUAGAUUCAAUGUUCGAUUAUCAGAGCAAUGGGCCCGAUGGCGUUGUUAUCAUUUACGAUCCUGUAAAGACGCGACAAGGGCAGCUUUGUCUGCGCGCAUACCGUCUAUCUGUGCCUGCGCUUGAACUUUGUGCCAAAAACGACUGGUCGCCAGAAGCUGUCAAAGCAGCGAACCUCACUUACCAAACAAUGUUUGAGGAAUUACCCAUAGUUAUCAAAAGUAGUCAUCUCGUCAAUGUCAUGAUGGCUGAGUUGUCAUUAGCCCCUACUAAAAUUGCUGAUAGAUUCUCGACGCACCUCGAACUAGGAUCUCGAAGAUCACUAGAGAAGAGCGUUAGAGCGAUGAUGGCAAAUAUCGAUGAGCUCAACAAGUCUAUAUCAGCGUAUGGAAAGUAUGUGAACGAUAAACAGAAGCAUGAUAAUAUGAUCUACAAUCUUACGCAAAAGCGGCAAGCAGAAAACGAACAACGGCUUGCAAGAGGCGAACCUCCAUUGUCAAUGGAUGACAUACGUAAGAUGAAGGAGCCACAGUUACAAACAAGAAAUGGCAUGCUUGAUGCGAUGCUUAGUAGCUGUGACACACAAGCACUUGCUGAUUUCUGCGUUAAAGUGACCGGAGAAAACAUAGCCAAAUUGUUCCUCGCCGAAGCCCUGGCCGACGAUAAAGGAACCGUUAAGGAUCGAUCACAAAGUCUCCUUAACCGUUAA